AUGGCGUCCGCAACAGUGACGUCUCCUGCUGGAGGCGCAUCUCGUCCGAUGGUGUUGCCCGGUCAUUCUGGCCCUCUAAAAUACGCAAAUGCGCAAGAUCUGCCGAGCUACCCGUCACCGGGUCUGAAGCCGGGCGAUGCGGCGGCGAGUGCUGCGGCGACUCUGGGAUGGGCUAAUACCGUUUCCCCGCCAGCCUCCCCUCGGGGACACCAGUCCGAGACUCCUAGGUCGUCAGAUGCCCUUCUUGCUGCUGGUUGGGCACAACGUCAGCAAAAGCCGCCUGCCUCUCCUCCUUCUUUGUGGGUAUCCACGGCCGCGAACUUGGCUUUCAACGCAACCAAGACUCCGGCCCUGGCUGCUGAACGUCCUGAGUUAUCACGCCAAAACUCGAUGCGCGCUGCAAAAGGGGCAAUGGCGGGCGUGCGACCCAGAGCAAGGUCAUCGCCUCAGACGGCGAGUGAGAAGGCACCGAACCCGCCUAGCAGCGAGGGAUAUGCACUGAGCGCCGCGACCAUCGCCCACCGACCAUCGCCGCGCGCAAACGCCAUGUCGAUCAGCGAAACGGGCGCCGUGCCUUAUACCAACAUGGAUAGGCAGAUGUUCACCUCGAAUCCGCCAGUCAAGCCCGAAACCGACGAGAAGAACCGCGCAGACGUCUUACACGCGUCUGCCCUCGCCAUGGCGAAGCGGAUGUACGGCCAGCAGCAAAAGAUAAUUGACAACUCGGCCCGGGCGCACGCCCGGUCGGCAUCAUUCCCCGGUGGCGACGCUUCCAGCCUCGCGAGCUCGCAGGAUGAGGAACAACCGCCCCUGGUGUAUCACAACCUCCAAGAGGCCGCGUACCGGCUCGCGCAGGAGCGCCUCGCCAAGCUGCAGGAAGAACACGACAAACAGCGGUCCUUCCAGGAGUAUUACGGCUCAGGCACGCCGCAGCGGACCAAGUUUGGCACCAUCAAGGGCAAGCUAACCAGGAGGCGCUCCUCCAGCGACGGGGAUCUGCUGGAGGACAGACGGCGGUCGGAGCAGAUCCGCAAACAAAUGUCCCUGCUGAACAACAAGCUGUCCGUGGUAGACGAGGGCAAGAGGAAGCGGGAUCAGGAGGCGCUGCUCGCGGCUGCGCAGCGGAACGUCAGAGCCCAGCUGCAGCAGAUGGAUAAGAAGGUGCAGUCUGACACAGGCCGGGUGCCUCAGGUCACGAUGGAUGACUGGGGGAGGAAGGCGCUGGUGGCCGCGCAAUCUAGGUCCGCUUCUACGGCCCAUGAGAACGCCGGAAAGGUUGAUAUUGGCGGUGGGAAGUUUGUUGACCGGGCCGAGGUCGAAAAGGUCGCCGCCAAGAACGUCCAGCCGCUCCUGGAUGAGAUCAACGAACUGGCCGAGGAGGAAAAAGCACGGCUGGAGGAGGAGAGGCUCGAUGAGGAAAGGAGGAAAGAGAAGGCCGAGAGGGAAAGGAUGAGGGAGAGGGAGAUUCAGGAUAUCCAUAAGAAGCUUAAAGGUAAGUCGUGGAAGCCGUGGGUCUUGAAGCCCUCCGCUGAUCACAGUGCAGACCAGCAAAAGGAUGUUGAGAGGGCAAGGAAAGCCGAGAUCAAACAGGAGGAGAAAACCCGAAAGGAUGAAGCAAAUGCGGCAAAAGCUGGACAGAAGCACGCCGCAGAGGGGAAGAAGGGGGUUCUAACCAGCAAAUUCAAAACAGACAGCCAGGGUCAAGCCCCAAACAUCGAGAACAAACGAACCUCUGCCGUUAACCGAGUUCGCACUCUGUCAAUAAACUUUGGCAAACGGCACCCAAGGCGCAAAGAAUCCACCUCCGAACCCAUCAGCCCGGAUAGCCACUCAACCUCUCCAACACGAAAAGUCCGCGACUGGCUCUUCUCCCGCUUCCCCCGGCCGCGAGCCAAGACGGCCAGCACAACCGUGACCGACGAUCAAGACGCCCCCGACGCGAAGAAGAAAGGCUUCAUCGGCGGCGUCGCCCUAGCCCGGCUGCAGGGCAACAACACCAGCACGCCCUCCAUCACGGAUGACGUCAAGGGCAAGGGCAAGGAAACCGCAACCGAAGACCGCCCCGACACGAGCAUGCGCGAGGUCGCCAUGGCCGGCCGCGCCCCUACCACCGACGAGAACACCACCAGCACUACCACCACCACCGCCACUGCCGGCCCCUCCGCCAUCCUCCCCUGCGCCACACCCCAAAUCUAA